AUGGAUUCUCCAAGAGGCAGCGAGGAAGAGAGAAUUCAGAUGCCGGAGGAGGCGGCGGACGACAGGGAGCCAAAGAGGACUGAGGUCUGCGAGACGGAGAGCCACUUCCCAAACGGACGGAGCUUUGAAACCAUGCGCAGCGAAGCCUUUGCCAGAGCUGCGUCUUCCGGAGAUGCGCUGGUUUACUAUGCUGAGGGACUCACCCAGGAUACCUUCAAAAUCUGCAAGGAGUGCCUGCGUCCCUUUAAGAAGUGUCUCCGGAAGCUGAAUUUGCCCAAGGAUUUUCCCAAGGAAAAGCGACUGAGCUGCACCCGGAAAAACCUCCUCAUCCUCGGAGACCACAUCAACAAGUUCCUCCAGGACUAUUGCGAAAAGUGGGAGCUGAAGCACUGGAAAAAGAUGCUAUGGAGGUUCGUCUCCCUCUUCUCAUCCCUCGACGAGAAGCAACUGUGCAAACUGUACCAUUAUGGCAAGACGGGCCAAACAGCCAAGUUUCUGAAGGCUUAUGGUCACUUGGAGGGCUCCAGCCAGGUUCCCGUCUCUGAAAACGGCCGCCUGAUGAGGCUGCGCGAUACUUGGGGUCUCCACGGG